CGGUAUCUGUGCUGGUGGUGGCUGUCACGUGCAACGGAACAAGAUAAAAAUGGAGUUGCCGUUUAGAUUAUGACGUUUUUAGCCCUGCAUCCUUGCAUUAUGUUAUGCACUUAAGAUCCUUGCAUUAUUUUAUGCACCCAGAUGUGCGACAAAGCUUCACUUAUUAUAACCUUAUGUUUACUACAGAACACCGCUUGAACAUUCAAACAUACAAACAUACAGACAUACAGACAUACAUACGGACGAUUAUAUUGAUUUAUUAUACUUUAAAUGUAACUUCAUUCCUACUGAACCCCUUUAUUGAUCUACACCUCAAAAUAAUGACAAGUCCUGCUGGAAAACGCGGACCAUCAGUCUUGGUAUGAGCGAAGCCAAACAUUGAAUUCCGAUUGACGAAUAAUUACAUUUUUCCUAAUUCUGUCUUAGGUUACUGAUUCUCGGGAACGCCAACGCCCUUCCAUAGCUCGAAAUAAUUCCCAGCGACCAAAUGUCAAUGGCUCGAAUGCGCCUAGACCAACAAGAUUCAUUUCCGUAGAUAAUGUUUUACAAUAUGCCUCUCAAAUCCCAUCAGGUCAAGCUCGAGGACCACCAGGACGCAGACCUCAAGCUUCAGACCAACGUCGUGCAAGUGGUCCAAUAUCGGCACGGAUCGCACAACAGAAUGUUCCAGGAAGGAGUACAAAGACUAGCGAAAAAUUGGUCCUGAUUCCAGAUACGUUAGAUGAAAAGGAUGAUUCUGAUACGGACGAUAUACUUGAUGCCGAAAGCGAACCGCGAAUUCAUGGUGAUGCUGGACCUCCGACAGAUACCGAAAGAGAUAUACUAAAGAAGAGGGGUGGUAUACGAGGAAAGAGUUAUGCGGAACGAUUACCCAAGGCGAGGAGAGCAAAUGAGUUGGCUAGGGUUACUGCAUAUUGCACGGCACAAGCAUACAAAACGAAGGAUACGGCUACGUUUGUUAAGGAAAGACACGGGGCUAAGACAAAGUUAUACGAUGAUUGUCUCUAUACCGUUUACCAUUUACCUUUGUUACCGGGUACCGAGGGAUUCAGAGUAAGGAGUAGUCCGGUUCUAAAAAGUCCAGGUGGAAAAGCGGUAUUGGAUGAAGAAAUAGAGAGGAGUGAGAACAGAGACUAUCAUGAGGGAUAUUUCGAGGAUACGGAUACAUACGGUGUAAGGGGAGGGGAGGAUAGUCCACGAAAUGAAUCCGACGAGGACAGACUCAGAAGAGAAGCAGAGGCCCGAAGAGGUAGGGAGGAAACUCAUAUUUUUGAACAAGGCAAGAGAGCGGACAGUCCAAAUAGAGUCGCACCGGAUGCGACAACUUUCGCAGAGAUGUUUGUCUUCUCAUAUGGGGUGGUAGUAUUUUGGAAUUUUACGGAGCGUCAGGAAAAAGAUAUCCUUGCAGAUUUUGCAUUUGCGGCACACAACACAGAUGUGUCGCUUGUUGUCCGACCACAAGAAGAAGAAGAUCUCGAAACAGAAGAGCUUCAUUUUGAGUAUAAUUCUUUCGUUGACAGACCUCGAAUUUUCAAUGAUAUGAUUACCUUGAGAAGUGGUGAUCAUAUGAUUAAGUUGGCGAUGAGUCAUGCUAUUGCCCAAAGUACGAAGUUGAGCUUUUUCGAGGAGCGAAUGUCACAGACUAUGCUGAGUGCAGAACAUGUUCCUAAGCACUUGGCUUUAACAGGUCAACUUGGUAUGUCUCGUACAGAAAUUCUUAAGAUCCUUGGUCGUCUCUUCAAGAGUAGGGUUGAUGUCAAUCUUUGUAAGUUGUUCCACCCUUGUGCAUAACUCCAUACUGAUAUUCUGGCAGCAUCAAAUAUUCUUGAUGUUCCCAGCUUCUUUUGGGAUUCAGAGCCCACGCUACAUCCACUCUAUGAAGCUAUUCGAGAGUAUUUAGAGAUUGGUCCACGUAUCACGACGCUCAAUGAACGUUGCAGAGUUUUCUUAGACUUGGCAGAAGUUUUAAGUGACAACAUCGCAGAUACAAAGAUGAGCACAAUCACAUGGAUUGUCAUCAUUUUGAUCGUCAUCAGCAUAGCCGUCACAGUCACAGAAGUAGGCAUAAGAUUUAUAAUAUUGGAAAAAGCAGGUGGAGGAAACCCUGCGAGGGCAUCUACGGAUAGGAAUUGGUCGCAAUUCGAUUUUAGUGCUCCACAAUUGGAAGCAAUAUGUGGAACUGGAAGGUCUGCCGAGCUCUAAACUGAGAGUUGGCUGUAAUUAUUGCAUCUUGGCCAGGCUUACUUCUUUCUGUAUACCUCCCGGCUUAGGGUGGGGAGCGUAUGGAACUCGACUUUAUAAUGUGCUUGUAGAUAUCGCACAAUGAUAAUGAGCGUUCAUAUUAAUUAGAUGGAUAGUUUAGAACUAUCCCAAAGCUUCAUUACAAAUUUUUUAAUAGAUUAAUUAAUACACCCGUGCUACUAGAAUAUUAUGUGCCAAAUUUCUGCUCCAUCAUUCUCGACGAACGAUUAGUUCUUCUCCUAGCGGAGCGUUACUCCCGACUUGAAUAAUUUCUCUCCUCCAUGAAGUAUCGUGAUGGCGAAGCGUCUAGCCCACCUGUGAUUAUCUGCCCUGCCCACAUACCUUUUAUUGUUCACCUGUU